GGGAAGGUCCUCACAGAGGAGGUGUGGUAUCCACUUCACCCAAAGCAGAGAAGCUGGGGAGCAUUUUUCAGCACGCACAACUACAACAUAGGGCAUUUUGUUAGGGCAAGGACAAUAUGAGGAUGCUGGCUCUUCAGUUGGUUUUCAUUGCAGUGUACAUACAGGUACAUACAUGCUACCCAUCAUGUACUCUCCACAACCUUGUGGCUGACUGCACGGGACGGCACCUUUAUUCAGUUCCUGCUCUGCCUCCUAACAUCACCCACAUCUACCUGGAGUUCAACCACAUCAGUGAGAUCAACAGAACCUCGCUCCGAGACUUUGUGCAGCUGCAACAGUUAGAUCUUGGAAACCAGCGUGUGCAACUCAUAAUAAGGAACAAUGCUUUCCUCAGGCAGAGAAAGUUGACUCGGUUGGUGCUAGGCAAUAAUAUUCAGCUUCAGCUAGAGCCAAGGGCAUUUGCAGGACUGUUCAAAUUGCAAUAUCUCGAUUUGGGUUAUUGCAAUUUGGACAACUCCAUACUGGCAGAAAGCUAUCUGCAGCCGCUUUUGUCCUUAGAAACACUUGAUCUCUUUGGUAACAAAAUAGUGAGACUCCAACCUGGACCAUUCUUUUCAAGACUCACUAAGUUCACACAGCUAAACCUCAAAUUGAAUCAGAUUGACAGACUAUGUGAAGAAGAUCUUGCUGGUUUUAGGGGGAAGAACUUCACACUCCUGAACUUGGAAUCCAACCACUUAGACCGCAUGUUUGGAGAUCUUGACUGGAAAAAAUGCGGAAACCCUUUUAGAGGGAUGGCCUUUAAUAUUCUUGACUUAUCUAGCAAUGGGUUCAGUUUGAAUAGAUCAAGACAGUUUUUCAAAGCAAUUGAGGGGACUCAGAUUCAUCAUCUUAUAUAUUCUGGACACAUGGGUAAAGACUUUUCACAUGACAACUUACGCGAUCCAGACAAAAACACAUUUGAAGGCCUCAUGAACAGUGCAAUUGAAAUUUUAGAUCUGUCUAAAAGCCGAAUAUUCGCUCUGCAGAUAGCUGUCUUCAGUCCUCUGAAUAAUGCGAAAAUAAUUGAUAUUUCCCAAAACAAAAUCAAUCAGAUUGACAGAAAUGCCUUUGACGGUCAGGUACAUUUACGAAUGCUCAACCUGUCAUACAACCUUCUAGGAGAAAUACACUCUUACACAUUCACCAAUCUGACAGACCUUAGGGUGUUGGAUUUGUCUUACAACCACAUUGGUGUUUUGAGAUAUGAAGCAUUCAGUGGUCUUUCCUAUUUACGAGCCUUAUAUCUGACAGGAAAUUCACUGCGAGACCUGGGUUUCCCUGUGUCAUUACCAAACUUAGAUUUUCUCCUUUUGGGUGACAAUAAGUUGAAGUCACUAAGCAGUAUUGUUGACUUGGGCAUGAACAGUAUUUAUGUGAAUGUUGAAGGCAACAGAUUAACAAACUUGGAGGAUGUUUAUGUCAUUUUAACUCAUUUCAAGCGUCUCCAAAAUCUUUUCUAUGGUGGCAACUUCAUCAAGUGGUGCAGUUCAAACAUUACAAUACCUCUCAGUAAUAGCUUGCAAGUUCUGGAUCUUCAUGAUAGUUUCCUGCACAUAAUUUGGACGCAAGGGAAGUGCCUUGAUCUGUUUGAUCAUCUUGAGAAUCUUCUCGCUCUGGAUUUAAGCUUCAACUCACUCGCGGCUCUCCCUGAAGGUAUUUUCAGAGGCCUCAGCUCGAUCAUAGAGCUUGACCUCUCGUCUAAUGCCUUGACCUAUCUGCAGCAGGAUAUCUUUCCUGUCAGCCUUAAAAGACUUGACCUGUCAAAAAACUUCUUGGCAUUUCCAGACCCUACAACCUUUCAGUCUCUCCUCUUUCUAAGCCUUGCGGAAAAUCGGUUCCACUGUGAUUGCAAUCUUGAGAGCUUCCUAACAUGGCUGAACAUGACCAAUAUAACCUUCCUGAGUCCAGUUGAGGACUACAGAUGUGAGUUUCCAGCCUCUCUUCACAACCUCCCUCUGUUGAAUUACUCCACGAUCGUUGAGCCAUGUGAAGAAGAUGAUGAGAAAGCUGUCCAAGAUCUUAAGUUUGCUCUAUUCAUCUUCUCUACCCUCCUUGUAAUCACCGUCAUCCUCAGUGGGAUUGUUUAUGCCCGUUUGCGUGGGCACAUAUUUAUUAUCUACAAAAAGGUCAUUGGCCGAGUUCAUGAGGGUCCAAAACCCCCACCUCCUGAGGAGGAGGUACAGUAUGAUGUCUUCCUCUGCUUUAGCAACAAUGACUACAAGUGGGUGGAAGCUGCUUUGCUGAAGAAGCUUGAUAAAGAGUUUUCAGAGAACAACAUCCUGCGCUGUUGUUUUGAGGCCAGAGACUUCAUUCCAGGUGUUGAUCACCUUUCCAACAACAGAGAUGCCAUCUGGGGCAGCAGGAAGACCGUGUGCAUCGUCUCCAAGGAGUUUCUGAAAGACGACUGGUGCCUGGAGGUGUUCACUUUGGCCCAGGGGCGGAUGCUGGAGGAACUGACAAACGUCUUAAUUAUGUUGGUGGUAGGGGAGGUGGCUCACUACCAGCUGAUGAAAUGCAACGCAGUCAGAGCUUUCGUCGAAAGGAAAGACUAUCUCAUCUGGCCAAACGACCCUCAGGACCUGGAGUGGUUUUAUGAGCGUCUCAUCUCUCAGAUACGCAAAAACUCCAAGGUGAAAAAGCCUGCUGAGGACAAACCAGAGCCUGAUAUCCAAUCUCAGAAUGAAGACGAGAUCCAGCUUGAGAACAUCAGCCCAAUUGCUGUGUGAACUCUUAUUGUACAUUAAGGAAACCCUGCUGAUAGCUAACAUCCACUGCACUGAAUUGUUACAAGCUAUCAUAAGUAAGCCAGCAAGUUCUCCCUUGAACACCUUUCUGAUAAACAAGGUUGUUAGGUUUCAAUCUUCUGCUGAACACUUCUGUGCUUGUUUCAGUGUGUGGCCCAGUUUUAAAUCAUGUUGUUUUAUCUUUUGUCAGUUUUAUUGUUUACAGCACUCCAUGAACCAAUGAUAUGUACAAACAAAUGACCAUUUAGUUAAAUGCCACUAAUAUGUUUUAAUGUUUCACAAAAUCAGUGUAAUCUCUGAAAUUGAUCAAGUGUAAUCAGUCAUUUUUGGUUAUUAUUUGCUGUUCUUGCUAACAAAUAUUGUUAUCUAAUAAAGUAUUUGUUUGUGGAAUUUAAACAAAAUUGAAGAUUUUUCAUCCCAAACCUGUCAGAUAA